CAUCCCGGAAGGCUUAGCUGCUCUGCUGACACGUAGCAGCCGCAAUCAAGUUGGCACCGCUCUCGUCAGAAUAGUCAAACGUCACAGGCGGAGAGAUGUCGGGGUUUGACAACUUCAAUACAGACUUUUACCAGUCAAGCUACAGUGUAGAUGACCAAAACCAGGCCAGCCAUGGCUACAGCAACACUGAAAACCCCUACAACAAGCCGUACGGUCAGUAUGACUACUCCCAGCCCAUGGGUUAUGCUGCCCCAGGCGUGAUGCAGCCUCAGCAGCCAUACACAGGACAGAUCUUUCAGCCCACACAGACCUACACGCCAUCUCCAUCACAGUCAAUGUAUGGUAGCAGCUUUGACGAUGAACCACCGCUGCUAGAAGAACUAGGAAUCAACUUUGACCACAUCUGGCAGAAGACUCUGACAGUGCUCCAUCCACUGAAAGUAGCAGAUGGCAGCAUCAUGAAUGAGACAGACCUGGCCGGCCCCAUGGUCUUCUGUUUGGCCUUUGGAGCAACACUCCUUCUGUCAGGUAAAAUCCAGUUUGGAUAUGUGUACGGCAUCAGUGCAAUCGGCUGCCUCGGCAUGUACUGUCUACUCAACCUGAUGAGUAUGACUGGCGUCUCCUUUGGCUGUGUGGCCAGCGUGCUGGGUUACUGCCUCCUCCCCAUGAUCCUCCUCUCCAGCUUUGGAGUCCUCCUCUCUUUACAGGGCAUGAUAGGAAUUAUACUAACGGCAGCGAUCAUUGGCUGGUGCAGCUUCUCAGCCUCAAAGAUCUUCAUCUCGGCAUUGGCCAUGGAUGGGCAGCAGCUGCUGGUGGCCUAUCCCUGCGCUCUUCUAUAUGGGGUCUUUGCACUCAUCUCUGUCUUCUAAAAAGAAAAAACACGACGGUUUAAAAAUAACUGCCCUCCAUUACAGAAAAAUAGGAGCUGUCAUCUUAAAUGGCGGCAAGUUUUUUUUCUCUUUUAAGCCUCCACCUUUCACAAUGGUCCAACUUAACCAUCUGAAGGCUGGAGUGUGUCGUCUCACCUGUGCUUACUUUUCCAACUUGUUCCUCUCAUGCAUCAUAAAGGAGAGGGCUGUCAAUAAACCUGGUGAGAAAAAAACAACAACUUUCCUUUGGACUACAUUGGGCCUUAAACAGCCUCUUACUGAAGGAGAAGGAAUAGAGCUUCCCACAUUGGAAACAGAUUUAUUUAAUUUCAGCACAGAUCUGACAAGCUGACAACACCCCCCGCCCCCACCCAGCAAUUUGAUGCCAGUGGAAACGCCGUGUGUAACAAUUGUUGCAAAAGCUUUUGUGAACCAUUUCUGGCCGGCAUCCAUAGAUUCUACAACUGCAAGACUUAAGGGAAGGACCCACUUCCGUCAAGCACAAGACGACAGCAGCUUGCUCUUGCAACUUAUUCCUCCAGGACUGAGGAGCCACGACUCCCACCGCGUGCUCACCACAGCAGUGACCUGAUCUUUUGAUCAGCUCUGCUUUAACCUCCCAUGUACUGGUUUUUUGUUUCGAUGCCUUUCAGGAAGAUGGAAAUACAGAUUGCACACAAAACUUGCUCCAAUUCUCCAAACCCAUACACAAAUUUGAUAAGAUUGAAUGAAGAGUUUGAGAGACACUCUUACAUUUAUUGUAUGCUUUUGAUGUGUCGUCUGUCGCUCAUGUCUCCUCGUGUACAUUAAAGUUGUCUUUGAAGGUUACCCCCACCUUGUGACAUUGAAAGCUACAUUGUUUGUUCAGCAGAUAAAUUGUAAGCGGUGGCAUAACCUUUCAAACUGGGAGUUUAUUUGACCCCCGUGCACCUGCAGUGUUUUUUAUGUGCAGGAGGAAGUUGCUGUGUGAUGUGUAGUGACCGCUUCAAUAACCCGUGGAGAUUCUAUCACCGUUGUUGUUGUUGUUGUUUGUGGUUUAGAUCAUUUGCAAGUAGGUUUGCACCACCAGCACUACACAGCUUUAUUCUUAAAAUAUCCUCAGGAUGGCUCGCUCAAAUGCUUUUGGCUGAAUAAUUAGCUUCAUCAACAGUGAUAGGUUAUUUAUUUUACUAUUGUUCAUAUAUCAAGGCAACGCUAUUUAAAGUCAGAGUAGAACAUGCAAAACAUUUAUGGAUUCUGAAAUGAGUAAGUCGUUUUUAAUUUGUCAUAAUGAGGACAAUACAGAUGAGGGAAUAAUUACACUGACGCAGAACACGGGCUAAAUAUUUUAUGAUCUCCCCCCGAAACUGUGUAACUGUCUUAAUGUCAGCAGGGUUUAAACUGUUUAAGUGUUGCCUUUUAACCAUAAUAUUACACCAAGAUCAUCAAAAUGUAAUCAGUGAUAUAAAAUCUGUUGUGUUUGGCAGAAUCGAAAAGCACUGACUGACACAGCUUGCGAAAUACUAAACCGAAUAAUGAGGAGAAAGAAUGUUUAUUUUAAGGUAAGAACAGAAUCCUCUAUUUUUCCUUCUUCCUUCUUGCUAUUUUUUCUUUCUUUUUAUUUUGCACGAGCAUACACAAAUCACACACACGGGAGGUCUCCCUACAUGGAUGAUAACCCAGUUAGGACGGAUGAAUAAUUCAAAAAACAGGAUUGAGUGCGUUUUUUUCCAAUUCCAUCAGACUCGACAUCAAGGAGAUGCUUUGCAUUUUAAGCAAACCUGGGAGAGUUUGUCUCUCAAAGGCCACACUGUGGUUCAUACAGUCUGUGCUCAUCCCCCUGCUGUAUCUAAAGUUUGUAUUUCAAUUAAAAAAACAACCUAUA